UCUGUGGUACUUACAAUAACAACAAAUGCUCCUAAACAACUGAGCAACGCUAAAAGACAGUCGACAAGAAAUGUUUUGAGCAGGUGGUGUUGAAUUGGCAUCAAUUGUCAUGUUUCAAGUAAUAGUAAUGUGAAGUAGGGACAGAAGCAAAGAAAAACUAUAAAUAAAUAUAUAGUUUAGUGAUAAUUUGUUGUCAGUAGAAUACAUUUAAUUAGUUGAUAGUGUAAUGACGUAUAGUAGUAGGUUAGCUGUGGAAUGUAGGUUCAUUUACUGAUGCAACUGUAAAAUGACACGAUUUUCAGAGAAAUGCUUUUACUUGGUACCGAGUCUGAGAUGAACGGAAAUGUUGCGUUGGAGCUUAAUGCACCUCUUAAUAUGGCUUGCAAGCCAAUUAUAACAUAUGCAGGAGAUGCAGUUCUGUUUCGGACCUUGGAAACCUUGCUUGUCGAAGGUUUACCCAAGGAAACUGUGGAGUGGAAGCGGUCUUAUGGACGAGCUGUCAAAUCUGUCAGCACGAAAGCGACAUUCAUUCCUUUCAGUAAAGACAUUCUGCCUAAAGGAGGCAGUUGGCAGUUGACACAUCAGCCAAUAUUCCAUAUAUUCUGGACUGAAUGUGUGGACGUGGAGGUGUACAAGAGCAGCGUGCGGGACGAGAUAGAGACGUGGCUGCGCGCCCUCAGCCAGCACGGCGUCCCGGACUGGCUCGUCGUCAUCGUGGAGACGUACGACCUGCGCAAGGGCAACAAGCUGCUGCCGCGCACCACCGUGCUCGACAAGGUCCGCAGCGACUUCGCCUCCAAGCACGCGGACAGGUGCCUGUCGGUGAUCAACCCGGUGCGGUCGGAGUCCCGCUCCGCGGAGUCGUGGCGCGGCCUGCUGACGCGCGUGUGCGUGCUGACGCUCGCCGCGUACAACCGCACGCUGCUCAAGUUCGAGGAGUUCAUCCGCGACCAGCGCGAGCGGCGCAACGAGCCGGGCUGGAACUUCUGCCACUACUUCCUGCUGCAGGAGGAGCUGGCAUUCGUACUGGAGAUGCUGGGAGUGUACGACGAGGCCCUGGUGCAGUACGAUGAGCUGGACGCCCUCUUCACGCAGUUCGUCCUCAACUACAACGUCGGAGAGGUGCCGGGCUGGCUGGGCUCCUUCCAGAGCCCCCUGGACAGCUGGCCGGGCCUCGUGCUGGACCGCGCAGUCGACCAGACCCAGCGGCUGCUGCUGGGGGAGAGCCGCGCCUCGCUGCUGCAGUUCCGCGCCUACUUGUUCUCGCGCCAGUGCUCCCUGCUGCAGAUGCUGAACCGUCCUCACGAGAUGGCUCAGCGCUGCCUGCCGUUCCUGCACAACUGCGUGAAGGAGCUGGGCAUCCUGGAGAUAGCCGCCCCGCCGGGCGCGCUCGCCUGCUGGGUGUUCCUGUGCUGCCUCGAGGUGCUGCAGGGCUGCUCCGCCGCGCGCGAGGCCGAGCUGGAGGCGUGCGCGCGGCACACGGCGCCCCUCUGGGCCUACGCCCGCGAGAAGCUGGAGGAGCUGGGCCAGCUGUGCGGGCUGCUCCCGGGGCUCAGCCCCUCCAGCCAGCAGCUGCACACCGUGGUGCUGCUGUCGGCCGGCAUGGGCGACCCGCGCGGGGACGGCCCCCGCCCCUCGCCCACCGACGUCCUCAAGGAGGCCCUGUCCUCCGCCGCCGCCUUCAACAAGCACUACCUGGAGACGGCGGAGCUGGCGAUGGGCACGUACAAGCACGUGGGGCGGCUGCGGAGCGCGCGGGCGGUGGGCCGAGAGCUGGCCCGCUUCCACCUACUCCUGGGCCACGGCCACAAGGCGGCCGCCCUUCUGCAGGACUCCCUGCAGGCCUUCCAGGACGAGGGCUGGGCGCGGCUGGUGCCGCCCGCGCGGCUGGCACUGGCCCGCUGCUGCCGGGGGCCCGGCGACGCUCCCAGGUUGGUGAAGACGUGUGCGGCCAUUGCCAGCUCCCAGCUGCUGGACGACGCCACCCGCGUCUCCUACUUCGACCAGAUGCUGCAGGCGCUCGAUCAGAUGCCCCCUGAGGCGGGAGGCGUGGUGGCGGCACUGAGCGAUGCCUUCGCGCUGGCCGGCGUGGAGGUGUGCGAGGCACGCCCCAUCACGGAGGGCAGCGAGGUCGCGGUGCGAGUGUGCCUGGACAGCCGGCUCCCGCGCCCCCUGCCCUGCCCCCGGGUCGCCCUCUCCGUGGAGGAGCUGCCGGCGCCGGUGGCCGGGGGGUCCGGGGUGCCCUCGGCGCGGCCCCACGACCCCCGCAGGCCCUCCCCGGCCCCUGCCCCCGCCCCUGCCCCCGCCUGCGCCCACAGGCUCAGCACGGCGGACGCCAGGCCUGCCAACCCCGCGCAGCUGUGCCUGCACAUGGUGGAGCACCUGGACCACAAGGAGGACGGCAGCCUCAGCUGUGUCAGCAUCGUGUCCCGCAACCCCAAGCAGUUCCUCCGGCGCAGGGACAGCCAGGGGCGCAGCAGGAAGACAUCCGCCACGGCGCGCGGGGACUUCUCGUACUGCCUGUCUGCUCAGGAUGUCACGCUUGCGCCAGGCGCCAACUCCUUCCUCCUGACCUGCCAGGCGCGGGACAAGGGCUGGUACCGGCUGGGCCAGCUGUCGCUGCAGGCGGCGGCCGGCCGGCUGGAGUUCCUGUCCCCGGCGCUGAGCCCCCGGGUGGGGUUCGAGGUGCGCCGGGAGCCGGCCAGCGUCUCCCUCAACAAGGGGGAGGGCGACCUCCUGGCCGGCGUGGAGCAGCUCAUGGUGCUGUCCGUGUCUACCGGCACGCACGUGCUGCAGCAGGGCUCGGAGCUGCGGCUGCGCGCGUCGCGCGGCCUGGCGAUGCAGUUGCGCGGCCGGGGGGAGCCCCUGGCCCGGGAGGUGAGCGUGCCCCUGCCUGCGGCCGGCCCUUUCGGCAGCCUGUCCGUGGAGCUGGCGGUGCUGGCCGAGCUGCCGCCCAGGCGAGACUCCUCGCCCGUCGACCAUAAGGUGUGCAUCCAGUGCCCGUGGCAGGCGGAGGAGCGGGUGGCGCCCCUGCACUUCCAGCCGCCCUUCACGUCGUCGCUGCGGCUGCACACGGCGCGCGCCACCAAGUUCCUGCAGGUGCAGGUGUGCGGGCUGAGCGCGCGGCGGCUGGAGCUGGAGGGGGCGGGGCUGGCCGUGUCCUCGGAGCCGCACCUGCCCCUGCGCUGCCUCGCCCCGCCCUCCCACCACCCCCUGGUGGUGGGGGACGGCAUGAACGCCUCCUUCAUGUGGGAGAUAGACGUGGCGGGGACCCCGGACACCACGCCGAUCAAGACAGACUUCAGCGUGAGGUACCGCCCCGUGCCGGCCGGCGAGCACCCUUUCAUGGUCUACAGGUGCAACUUCGACGUCACCGACUACAAGACGCUGUUCGCGGUGAAGUGCCGGGUGGAGCCGACCAAGGGCUCCGACUUCCUGCGCUCGGGCACCAUGUGCAGCCUGCUGCUGGACGUGCAGAGGCUGUGCCCCGGGGGCCACAGCUCGCUCAUGUACGAGGUGCUGACGGACCAGAACGUGUGGGCCGUCUGCGGCCGCACCGCCGGCGUGAUAUCGCUGGAGACGGCGGACAGGCAGCACGUCGCGCUGGACGUGAUGCCCAUGACGGGCGGCUACCUGCCGCUGCCCGGCGUGCGUCUGUCCAAGUACAUCCCCGCCGAGCUGAAGACGCCGGGGAAAGACACGAGCGCGUCUCACCCGCGGCUGGAGCCGUUCAGCGCGGGCCAGGUCUACAACAGCAGCAAGGCCCAGCAAGUGCACGUGCUGCCCCCGGCCGAGGCAGCCCCCUCGUAGUGCCCCAGGGCUGCCAACCCGCCGGCCCCGCGCCGGCCAUCACACGCAAAUAUUUAUUUGUAAGGCUCGCAAACUUAAGUAAUUUCUUUUGUGUAUGCAAUGAGUUGAUAUUUUUUUGUUACGAGUUUUGAUGAGCGAUAAAAGAAAUGCCAUAGUUAAUGUAAUUUAUUUUACAUGUGAUACAUUAACGGUGAUAACUAGUGUCGGUAGGUUUUUUUUUUGUAUUUGCAUAAAGUGUACAUAAUGUGUAUGAACUGUAGAAAUUAUUCUUACUGGGGGAUAAAAAAAAAUUUGUGGUUAUUUGUGAUAUUUGUAUCAUAAGCUGUCAAAGUGCAACGAACAUUAUUUUUUUUAUAGGAUGUGUUUAGCAAUGUUAGGUUGAAUAAUUUAUUGUCUUCAUAAAUAUUUUAGUUAUUAUUUCCCAUUUUUCUUUGAUUUGAUUUUGUUAAACGAAAAGAGAGCUAUUAUAAGAGUGCAUAACUUAGAAAAAGGAUUAGAUUUUGGGAAUUUUUUAAAAUUACUUUUGAAUUUAAGUUUGGCUGUUAUGAAAUGGAAUAUUGUUUUAAACUGUGUAUUUUGAAUGAGUCCUAUGGCUAAUUCAUUCUGUUACCUUAAACAUAAUUGAUUUCGCUAUUUUCCAGCAAGUCAUGUUUCUGCAUUGGUUGAUUUGGUAAUAUUGCUUGCUAGCAAAUAGCUGAGUUGGUAGCAUUGAGGAGGUAGUGCCAGCAUUAACUCUCAUUAACUGCAAGUCUAUUCGUCCGGUUUUUGUGGCUCCAUUACAAAAUAAUUUACAUGAAAAAUUACAGUGUUAAGUAUGGUUGCAACAUUUUUUGAAAUAUAAAUACUUUUGGAUGAUACUAUAUACAUAUACACGCCGUGAUACAAUAGGUACUAUGAUAGUGAUUCAUAAUCAUUGUGAGAGAUGUACAGCAUGUAUUGUUGUGCCACUAUUUCCUUUUAGUUAAGCUUGAAAGGAAAAUACAAAAAAAAAACUAUCUCCUUAGUAUUUGAAGUGAAAAUAUUGAUUGUUUUUGCAAAGCUCAGCUGAACUCAUCAUCAGAAUAUUCUGCUUAUGCACCGCCUAUUUUCAACAACAGUUUUGACAGACUACUGCUGCUGUGUUUACAGGCAACGGAGAAGAGUUAUCUUUAUGAUUGGCUAUUCUUUAAGCAGUAAUUUAAACCGCACAAGCAUACUACUAUCCUCCACGAAUGUACUUUAACAGCAUCAUAUAAGUAGUUGCUGGGACCAGCACCUGGCAUCACGGUGUCAACGCAAUCAGGUAACUAGUAACUAAAAAGGAUCUGCGAGUUUUCGAAAAAUAUUCUAUAUUCAUGAAGGAUUUGAUAUUCAAUUUGGCAUUACAAAUAUAAUUAUUUUAUAUUAUUCAUUGCCAAAAGAUACACAAAGUAGGAUUCAUUCACAAAAAAUUAAAUAUAAAAAAAUUUAACAUGUAUAAACGCACUAUAAAGCUAAGAUGUUUAUUGAGAAAUUUUUAUUAUUUUUCUCCAGCAUUUUCAUACAUUGGUUUUAUACAUAAAAAAUAUUAUGUGAUUAUCAUUUUAAAUUAUUAGUAAUAUUUUAAAAUGAUUUUAUUCAGUUUGUUCAAAAAAAAUUAAACUUAAAAUUUUAUUGGUUUAAGAAAAUGCAUUGUCAGGUUUUUUUUUUUUUCUCAAUUUACACCUGUCUAUUAUUUUUCCAUAUAUAUUAUUAUCAUCUUUUUAAUUUUACUGAAUUUUUUAUAUAUAAUUUUCUUGGACUGCUGUGAAGUGAGAAAAAAAAAUUUCAUUUGAAAAAAGUUAAAUAUUGUUGAAUAAUUUAUAUUUGAUUCUAAAUAUGAUAGCCAUAAAAGAAUGAGGCUUCGCAGAAGCCUGGUAACUAAUAAUGAUGCUCUGAGACGGUCCCAGCAGGCGUUGGUGAUCCACGGGCAACGUGAGAUAGUUUCACGAUGCUCCAUAUCCAGGAAAUAUAUGUUCAGAGUACUUCUGUCACUGGCUAGAACAUUUGUUUGUUGAAAGAAAUCGAGUCCAAAAUCCUCGAGGUUUUUGCCAAAAGACCAUUUCAAACUUUCCUUAUAUAACUUUACAAAUGAUUGGUCUGGCUUUAACAUAGUAAUUCAGAACUAUUCUUGAUAAUCCUGUUGACUAUUUGAGUAUCGAUGACAAUUUAAUACAACCAUACUGGACUGGCUGUACAUAUGUCCAUGUAGUGUCCAUGAACUUUCGAAGAAUACUAAAUGUUCUUAAUGAAACAAACCUUUUAGGACCCUCUAACAAAAAGUUCUGCCUAAUCAGAUGUUAAUUAAACAAAAUAUUUUGACAAAAAAAAACAAAGAAUAUAUAAAAUUAUAAAUACAUAAAUGAAAGUUCAUUUAACUGGCAUAACCCAAUUUGUAAUGAAACGUUAUAAUUUUAUGAACAGUUUACAUUAACUACAGUCUCAUGUCAGUGGAAAAUUACUCCACAAGUGAAACAAAAUUGAUAAUUUUUACAGACAAUAUUUUAUUUAACAAAUAUGUUAACAUUGUUAACUAUUCAAAGAUUGCUUGCCCUAUGUUGUCAUUGAUUUUUACUGUGGCUCAGUACACACAUACUGAUUACCUAUAAUGAAACAUACUCCGAAUUUUGGUUCAUAAUACUCAAAUGUUGUACAGGUUGUGGUAGUGCGUCCGUGUGUGUGUGUGUGUGUGUGAGUGUGUUCGUAAUCAGCCCGCUGAACUUGUGCAACAAGGAAGAAAACCUGUUGGGAAUGGCAUGUCAUUGCCUUUUCUCUGUGCUGAACCUUACAGCUUCUGUUAUUACUGUUUGUCAUUCAUUCAUUUUGGCAGUCUUGCUUGCCUUCCUCAGUGCUGUCAACAUAUGAAGAAAUUGUGCCCUUUCAUGUAUUCUUGUACAUCCUGUACUGUGAGUGUAGAACUAAUUGCUUGGGAUGGGAUGUACUGUUUGAUUUUUUUUUUUAAAUUUGUAAUCAUAAAUCAUUACAGAAGACGUGAAUUUUGCCCUGAAUUUUGAACAUGACUGCAAAAAUCCAAAAACAUUAUUUUAAUAUUAGUUAAAUAUAUUGCCACUAACAAAAGUGUGCUAGAAAUUAAAUCAUAAAAUGUUAUCAAUCAUAGUUCUGAAUCUCUCAGUAAAUGUGGGUUUGUGCUGACAGUGAAUGUAUACCAUAUAUGAAAUUGUGGUUUACAAGUGUGAUUUACCUGUAUCUAUAUUCACUCACUGAACUGUUUUUAUUUCUUUUCCAGCAUUAUUGAAAUAUUUUUAGGUGUUCAUGAGUUACGAUUACAUUAAGAUUUAAAUAAUUUUUGCUAGGUUAUUUUUGUUCUCCAUUUGUGGCAGUCUGUGGCAACUUAAAUACAACAGUACAUUUUAUAGGUGAGAGUUUUCUCAUUCCUUGUAUGACUUAGUGUCGGUCUAUGACUUGUUGAAGAUACUGUUAGACAUGUUUUUUGCUACUUAGGUUUUACACUAAAAUAUUUAUGCUACUUUUUAUUAUUUGUCAUUCAUAGUAUAAAUUUAUCUUUUUUCCCCUUGAACCUUGACAGCAUUUAAUCUGUUCUCUCGAAAAGUGAUGAAAAUUAGUUUCCAUUGCAUUCAGCUCCCAUCCCAGCAAACGGCACAGUGAUGGUUUGGGUUAACGUGGUGAGGAUAAUGAAGAGUGCUGUGAUUCUGAAGUGUAAAUAUUUACUGCAAUACAAAAAAACAAGACAUCUGAGAUUUAUCUUAUCUUGUCAUAAAUAGAAGUUAGGUGUUUUGCAGCGAUGCUUAUCUUGACUUCUAACAACGACUGGUAAACGUUCUCAACAUGUGGAUUCGUUUAUUCUUUUGUAUUCUGGAGUUGUAGAGUCAGUGUUAUUUUAGUCUUCCAUUCUCUCUCUAUGUGUUACUGUUUGUACAGACAGCUGUUUGUACGCAUCACUGUUAGUGUGUCUGAUACGUCGAGCUUCCUUGUUCAAAAUGUACGUGAGUUGUGAUUUAAGGGUGUCCAGUAAACUGCUGGAAUCAAAGCGCUGAGGAAAUUCCACACUGGGGGUGAAAUGGCUAAUUUUUUUAUCAUUUGUGUUGGAUAUAGUAAUGAAAAUAUUGUUGGAUAUUUUGUAGUUCGACACCUUUGAAGUGGUGUUCAAACAUACUAAAUAUAGUCUCCUAUUCUUGGCUUCUUUUUUUAGAUAAAAAAAGAAUAUUAAAUAAAUAUGUACCAGUGUCUUUGUUUGCAAUCACAAAAGUGUCUUGUGCAAUAUUUUUUUAUGUAGAUUUUCAGGAAAUGUAUUUUGCCUGAGAAAAAUAUGGGAAGCAUUAAUUUUGGUUUACAGGACACCUUUACCCUGGCUCAUAUUGUUUUGUUCAAAUUAGGUGUGAAGUAUAAUUGUCAUUGUUCAGUCUUUGUUUGUGCUGGAGACUGCUUCCUGCCUUACCUUUGCGGAGGUGUGGCUGUGUAAACAGUGUUAGAAACCGGAGCAGUGUGUGUGAUGUGCACUACUGUAGUGGUGGAUGUACUAACACUACUUCUCAUCUGAAGAUGAUUUAGUUAAUAUACUCAUGGAUUCUCAACACCUUCACACAGAAAAAAAAAAAAGGUUUUCUGUUAAGAUUAGCUCAGUGUGAUUGUAAUAUUAAUGCUGUCAUAAUUUCUGCAAAAAAUAGAACAUAUUUAAUUUCAGACAUGUAAAAGUUGGUUCAAAACUACAUACUGGGAUUUAGUCAUUUUUAGCUUACUUUACUAAAAUAAUAUAGUUAAGGUGACUUGUAUUCAAGGGAGUUUUUUUGUUGAAUAUUAUCUUAUAUAUUGGUGGACAUGGGUUUUUUCCAUUCUGCAUUCAGUAUCAGUUAUUUAAAAUUUUGUGUUAAAUUUUUGAUUUUUAAUAGUAGAAUCUGUUAUAUCAAAGAAUAUAAUCAACUCACCUCUCGCAUAAUUCAUGUGCAUUGGGUGGUUCAGACAUUUAUGGAUUAUAAUCAGCAGUCCAUAUCACCCAAUGUUUUCAGCUCACAGUUCCACUUAAACUUCAAAAGGUUGUAUGGUGUACACCAUGUCAUACUAUGUAAUUCUAACAUUUUGAUUCUUGGCUCGGCUACAGAAAUCAGUUUCUUUAUGUCAAGUCAUUUAGGUAGUGUAACUCGCCUAUCAGAGAUCCUGUGCGGUGUAAGGUAGCUCGUAAAUCCUGGCGGUUGUCCCACCUGGCAUGUAUGGUCUUGCAUCUGGGCACUUGUUCUCGGGCGGUUUAGAGUGUCUUCUAUCUGUGUGUAGGAAGCAGGUCAUUCAGAAAUUAUAAAUAUACAUAUGAAGAUUAAAACCCUCUCAAGUCAGAAUUGUUAGAUUUUUCAGGUUAAAAAAAUGUAGCCAAAACUUACUCUUUGUUAGGAAAAAUUAUUAUUUCGCUGCUGACAAUGGCCUUAACAAUAAACAAUAAUUACUGACCUGGUGCAGGGAAUUUUCACAAAAUUUUUAAUUGUGCUGAGAUUGGAAAAUUACCAAAGAAGGACAAGCAACAUUUUGCAUCUACAGUAAUGAUAUUUUAUUUCUGCGAAGCUGUCUGAGAGUUACAAAAUAAUUACCUAUUCUCGUGGCAUAUGUGUUCGUCUCUUGCAGCCGUUUAGAGGCAGGGAAGUACUAGGUACUUGCAGAAGUACAAAAUUUUUACAUUCUCCUGUAAAUGGGAACACGUAUGACAUGUAUUUAUAAUUGAAGGGUGGAAUUUUCAUUCCCCAACAGAGCGUUCUUUUCUUAUGCAUCCAGCAGUGCAUAGUGAUUGUUUUUGUAAUAUAUCUGUGGUUUCUAUUUUUUGUAAAUAGCAAGUAUCUAUGCAUUAAAAUUUAUUUACAUUACAACAGAAUGAUUUAAAUGUAGCGGAAGCCUGAUAAAAAUCAUUAUCCAAAAAAACAGGGGGGGUUGUCUGUAAAGUCUGUUUACGGAUGAUAAUUUUACGUGAUAGUGUCAUAAGAAAACAUUGAUGAAAAAUUGCAUACUUUUUAAUUUUUAAAAAUUAUUUACAGUUUUUACAAAUUUAAUUUAAAUAGUUUGUUUAAAUAUAAUGACAAACAAUUAGUUAUAGAAAUAAACUGAAAUCAAAUCAAUGUCAAUAAAUUGUUAAUUUGAAUUGAUGAAAUUGGACAAAUAAAUCAAAUUUUUUAAAUUGCUGCUUUUAAAAAUCCUGCCUUAACCUGUUUGAUAUUAUAGAUUUUCUCACACGGUGGUUGGUCGGUUCUUGCACGCUCGGCUCAGGCGGAAUGUGACAAUGAGUCAUGCUUUUUCGUGCGUGCAGCCAGCGUUCAUCGAUUUAUAUAAGACGUUAUCACGUGAAAACCUGUAAAGAGUGUGAGAAAGUUUAUUCAUCUAAGAACAGGUGAAUACAAGCUUGUGAUUGUAAAAACUGCCCUUGAAGUUAUUAGUGGAAAUGAUCAAAUUAAACUAAUUACGGACAAAAUUCUCUUUAACUUGAUAUGUGUAUGCAUGUAACUGAUGUAUGUUCUCUUGUUAAGUUGCUAAGAAAAAAAAAGAUCUAGAAACAUGACCAAGAGCUAGGAUAUACCGCAUACUAGGUUCUGUGAUCUUCCUCUGUUAUCUAAAUAUAUCACGAGACUGCCCAAUAUACUCAGGCCAAUCUCAGAAUAGGAAUAAACCUGUGAGUGGUGCAAAUGAUCUUUGGCUGUAGUUGUAGCUGUGUCCACUUUCGUGCCCUUGUGUUCAUGACAACGCACAAUCUUAUAAGUUUACAAUUCAUGCUCACAGUGCAUAUCCUAGUGCUUGGAACAAGUAGCAGCCAAUCAAAAUGCUGCUUGUCAGGGCAUAUACCAACUGCAAGUACUCCCUUCUGUAAAAUUCAUCAUGAAGUUGGUUUUAAACUAGGUACUUCUCUGAUACGACCUUCGGAUUUUCAAGUAUGGAUCGUGUAAUAAUUGGAGCAGCACAAAUAUUUCAGACCCCAUUUCUCUAGUUACAAAUGCAAGCAAACUAGGAAGGUGUGUGUGUGUAUAUAUAUAUACAUACACACCUAUAUCCAACAUUCAUUGAACUUUGCUCAAGAAAUAUUUGUUGAAUUCGUGGAUACUCAGUUUAAACAUAUUGUUAGUGUUUAGAACUUGAAUUUGACACCACAAAAGUAAAUGUGUGUGUGUUUUAGGUGUGUGUGUGUAUGUAUGUAAGUUAGCAGAUGUUUUAGGAGAUUUCACACUCGGUCAGUUGUAUUGAGCUAUUUGUAGUGUUGCUAGGCCCUUUUCCUGUGGCUUGUCAGUGCAGCUGUUACUUACAGUAUGAACGCACUAUGUCCAUAUAUUUGGGUUGUGCUCAGACUUACGAGUACAAGUAUGUACAGGAAGUACACUGCAUGUGUGUUUGCUUUCAUGAGAGAGUUUUAGAAUGAAGUGAUGCAAUAUUGACUUGAAAUUCUAACAUAAGUGUGUUAAGUCACUGUGUAAACUUUUUUGAAAGGGCUGGAAUAUUCAGAUUUUUUUUUUAGAGGAGUUUAUUUAAUGUAAUAAAUCACUUGAGAUUGCGUAGCAGAUGCUGAAUUAUUUAAUUUUAUUGUGUGGGAAAUCUCAUUUGGUGGGAACUUAUUUAAUGGGUUUCAUUGUAUUUUAGACAAAAUUAUAUUUUGUAGUAUUUUGUUUGGAUGUAAAGAACUUCAACUUGAUUAUGAUAUUGACAUAUAAGAAUAACGGUCAGUCUGAGAAGUGAAAAAUGAUUGUUAGUUGCUUGUGCAUUCUCUGUGCUAGGCCGUGUACCAUCAUUCUACCAUCUGCUAAUGUGCUCUGCUCUCAUUUGUGUAUAUUGUGUAAAUAUUGUGUAUUUCAAUGUCUAUUAUACAUAUUGUACAUAAGCAUUGUUUCAGAUGUGUGGGAAAUUUUGUGUAUUAGGAAAUACUCUUGUGUCAAGUGUAAGUUGACAGUGACAAUAGGCCUACUUAUUCUUGGAAUUGAAAGUUUACAGAAUAAAAGGAAUUUCAGUAA